GCCCCCGGCUGCGGAGGAGGCUGAGACGCAGCUGCGGCGCCGGGGUCUGAGCGGCUGCCUGCUUACCGUGGGCUGAGCCGGAGUGCCCCGCAGAGGCCAGACCCAGUGUGCCUGCUGGGCUGUGACCAGGUUCAUAGCCAUGCCAAUCAGUGGGUGAAGCUUGAGGCAGUCAUGGAGCCCCGGCAGCAGCAGCAGCAGCAGCAGCCGCAGCAGCAGCAGCCGCACCUGGCUUCUUUGCAGAUGGACGCCAGGGAGAAGCAGGGACAGCAGAUGAGAGAAACCCAGUUCUUGUAUGCCCAGAAGCUGGUCACACAGCCCACUCUUCUUUCUGCCACACCUGGAAGGCCUUCUGCCAGCUCUGCCCUGGGUCCCUUAGCCAGAGUUCCACCAGCCACAGCAGCCCCCCGAGUUUUUGAACGAAGUAACGUGAACUCAGAGCCUGAGGAAGAGGAAGGAGGUUUGGAAGAUGAGGAUGGGGUUGAGGAAGAUGCAGAGGUGGCUGAGAAAGAGGCACAGUCUGCUUCAAAGUGUUGCCACGUGCAGAAACCAGUUCACCAAGACUCCAGAGCAGUGCCCCUGUCCAGUCUCCUUCCAGCACCAGGGCUCCCACCUCAUGGACCGCAGACUAAAGAAGACCAUACCAAAGAUGCUUCCAAGGCCCCACCUUCCGUCUCCACGUCUGGGCAGCAGAGCUGGAAUCUGGAUGAGCAGCUCAAGCAGAAUGGUGGUUUGACUUGGAGUGAUGACGCCGACGGAGGCCGGGGAAGAGAGAUCUCUCGAGAUUUUGCCAAGCUGUAUGAAUUGGAUGGUGAUCCUGAAAGGAAGGAGUUCCUGGAUGAUCUCUUCAUCUUUAUGCAGAAGAGGGGGACCCCUAUCAACCGAAUACCCAUCAUGGCCAAGCAGAUCCUGGACCUGUACAUGCUGUACAAGCUGGUGACGGAGAAGGGCGGCCUGGUGGAAAUCAUCAACAAGAAGAUCUGGAGGGAGGUCACCAAAGGCCUCAACCUGCCCACGUCCAUUACCAGCGCCGCCUUCACCCUUAGGACCCAGUACAUGAAGUAUCUAUAUGCCUACGAGUGUGAGAAAAAAGCCUUGAGCUCCCCAGCUGAGCUCCAGGCGGCCAUCGAUGGUAACCGGAGGGAGGGGAGACGGCCUAGCUACAGUUCCUCGCUGUUUGGCUACUCACCCACUGCUGCUUCUGCUGCGGCUGCCGGGGCCCCUGCCCUUCUCUCCCCACCCAAGAUCCGCUUCCCUAUCCUUGGGCUUGGCUCCAGCAGUGGCACCAGUGCCAGUAGCCCUCGGCUGUCCCCAGCAACCACUCUCAGGAAAGGUGACGGAGUCCCCGUGACAACGGUGCCCGUGCCAAAUCGCCUAGCUGUGCCCUUGGCAGGCCAGCAGGCCAGUACCCGGACUGCCACACUGGAGCAGCUGCGGGAGCGGCUGGAGUCAGGGGAGCCUCCUGAGAAGAAGGUGUCAAGGCUGUCAGAGGAGGAGCAGCGCCUGGUGCAGCAGGCCUUCCAGCGCAACUUUUUCAGCAUGGCGCGGCAGCUCCCCAUGAAGAUCAGGAUCAACGGCAGAGAAGACAGAUCAGAGGCCUCAGCUGCAGCCCUGAACUUGACUACGAGCAGCAUUGGGAGCAUCAACAUGUCUGUGGACAUCGACGGCACCACCUACGCAGGUGUGCUGUUUGCCCAGAAACCUGUGGUCCACCUCAUCGCAGGAUCUGCUCCCCAGAGCGUCGGCAGCAGCGCCAGCAGCAGCAGCAGCAGUUCUCACUGCUCACCAAGUCCUACCUCAUCCCGGGGCACCCCCAGUGCAGAGCCCUCCACCAGCUGGUCCCUCUGAUGGGCAGAGCCAGCUUCCUACUCCCGCUGUCCUGUCGAGAGUGAAGGACUUUGAUGCACAGGAUUUACCUCAUCUCACGGAGCCCGCGUUGAACACCGUUUGGCCAGACGUUGAGGAUUUGUCCAGGCUCCAUUCAGGUCCUGCUGUACCCUGGGGGCAGGGAGAGGCCGGAGGGGCAGGACAAGACAGGCGUUGUCCAAUCAGGGAUUGUCCUGGAGAACUGGGCAGGGGUCUGUGGAUGGCCAGCUUCCUCCAGGGCUCUCAGGUCACCUCCCAUCCCAGGGCACAGUGUAUUGACAAUCCGUAAGCCAACACAGGGCUAGAGGCCCUCUAUGACCCUUCCCCUUAAUUUAUUUCCCUUCCCUGCCUUCUGCCGUGACCCCAGGGUCACUGACCUCUCCCUUGCUCAGUCCCCUACUUUUUAACUCUCAUGUGGGGCUGCUAGGAGCCAAGAGCCUGCCUCCAUGGUCCUUCUCUGCUGAGCAUGGGAGGGGGCCCUCCCAGCCCACCUUGCCUACUGGGCUUGGCUCCUGAGUGGUUCCCUCAAAUCCAAGUCUUGAAUCAGUCCCUAGGGUCCUAUAUCUCCCUUUUAACGGUCCCAAGGAAGGGCACAUGAGGGCAGUUUUCAGGUCCUAGUCCACUGCGGAGGGGAAGGCAGAGCUCGGGGCUGCCCGGGCCCUGGCACCCACCUUACACUGACCCUUCUCUGAACCUCCCCAACCUCCUGCUCCCCCUUCCCCUUGUUGGCCAGCUUUCCCAAGAGCAGCCCGCUUGUCCCUUGGGCCACCCUUCUCCUCCUGGGGCCAUCUCAACCCCCACCUCCCCCAAACCUGCUGAUGUCAGGUUCAUUGAAAUACCUCAGAUUUGUAAUUGUUGAUGUUUGGAUCUUCAGGAAGUAUUUGCAUCUCUGAAAUCUUUUUUAUAUGUGUUUUACUGACUUUGUUUUUUUUAUUUUUUUAAUUUUUUAUUAUUGUUCUUGUUGUAGCACCAAAGAAUUGAAAGCAGAGCACCCCCAAAGCCAAACAAAUGCUUUGGCCUUCCCUAAGAGCCCAGAGAGGAGGUGACUCAGGGAUCAUGGUGGUGGGGAAGGAGGUGGGAUAGAGGUCCCACUCUCACGCCAUUUGUGAAGACAGUCCUUAAUUCGUUUCCUGCCCAAGCAGGGCUUAUCUUGGACCCUUGCCCCAGCUCACCUGUGUCGGGGUGGGAUGUCUCCCCUUACUCAACAUUGCCACCUCAGGACAUGGACAGGCCAUGGAAGCCGAGGCCCUUGGUGGCCUUGCCAGAGGUCAGGCUGCCCAGGGAAUAAGGAGAUGCCGAGAGCUCAGUCUCUCCUCCUGGACCCUGCGGUGCGGCAGGUUGCUCUUUUGUUAUGGAGAAAAGGCCGUUUCCUGCACAAGGCUCACCUCUCAAUCAUCUAGGCCCUGAUUUGUUCAGUAGAGCACCAUCCACUGUGACGUCAUAGGGCUGUGGUGGUAGACCACACCAGCUCAAGCCCAUGGCAGAACUCAUAUUUAAACCUGUUUUGGGAAAGGAAAGGAAAAUCAAAAGCUUGAGCACAAAACAGAUACCUCAGCCUGUUAAGCAGUGCCUCUGCUGGACUGCAUAUUCUCUCCCAUCCCCAAACCUUCACACAAACACACACCCUCACAGCCCCGCGCACUGAGACGGACCCUCUGCUGGCGUCGGAAGGGUGUGGGUGAGGAAGGGCACCUGGGAUUUGGCGCCAGGGGGAGCACCCACUUGGUUGGCCCUGGCCCACUUGAAGGUGUCUCAGACCUUUGGCCAGUGCGUCUUUCUCAGGGGUUUGGUCACGACGGAUGCACUCUUCCCAUCCAGAGGACACAGGGACAGUGUACCAUCUCUCUGGUCAUUGGGUCCUUCCCGUCCCCCAGGCAGCUUGCCUGGCGUCACCCUCUGAGCAAACCCUCGCUGCCCUCAAGGACAACAGCAGAGUCUCAGAAGGCCUGAGAAUGGGGGUACCAGUAGGUGCCCCAGGAGUGGGCCCCUGAUCCAGGAGGUGCUUUCCCUGAGGUGCAGUCCUGAAGACCACAUGGUAGGCAGGCAGCCUGGGCAGCUCUGUCUCUCCCUGUCCCCAUCGUAUAUGUAUUCUCACCAGGAAAAUGUGAUAGCACAUGGGUAGCCUAGGCAGUGGAUAAAUACCUCAGAUAUCUUCUUACAGCAAGUGUCUGUAUAUGUUGUGGUUAUUUUCUAUCCUACAUGUUCUCAAAUGUUUAUAUUUCAAUAAACCUCUACCUCUUCACACAAGCAGGUCUCCCUUGGUUGCACUGCAGGAGUCUUCCAUUGGGCAGUAACGGGAGAGGUGGAGCCUUCUGAAUAAAAAGGGACUGGGUGAACAGCUCCUCUGAUACCCAGAUUUUCCUGAACCUUUCUCCCCUUCACUGCUUACCCAUUCUUUGCCCAGAGCACUCACUCCGAUGCUGGGUGUAUCUUCUGUAUUAGCAGGGGACUCAGACAUUGCCUGGGUACCAGAACUAACUCCAGUGGUGUGCAUCACUGUCCUGGCAGGCACAGGGCCAGGAGAUCCCUUCUUCCAUUUAGCAAGCCCUUUUUGAGCUCCUGCCAUGUCAGAUGCUAAGAAUAAGCCGUAUUCCCUGCACUUAAUGAAGCUCACAGCCCUGUCUAGGAGAUAGACACCAUUAUCUAGACAAAACCAGUUAUUUCAAAUGCAGCAUGCUGGGACUCUGAAGAGUAGGCUACUUGGGCAGACAUAAGCUGCAGCAGCUCUCUCCAGAAUCUCUGGAAGGCUUCCCAGAGGUGGUAACAUUGAAGCUGGAAGAAUUAGUUUGCCAAAUGGGCAAGUAAAGGAAGAGUAGUCCUGGCAGAGGGACUGAUGGAUAUGGAAAGACAGCAUCAAAGGGCCUGGUUCCAGGGAACCGUGGCCAGUGCCCAGGGUCAGUGGGGUGGGGAGGAUUGGGGCAAAGUCAGAGGGGAUGCUAGGCUCUGGGAUUUGAGCAUCAUCCUCUGAGCAUCAGGACACUGCCAGUAUGUUUUAACCUGGGCAUUGGCUUAAAAGGGGCUUUUCUAGAAAGCGUCUGUGACAAGCCGGGAGAUAUGCUGAGCAUGGAGCCCCUGGGGACACUGCCACUGGAACUCAGUCCUAGACCCAGAGUUUGCAGCCUGUUUCUCUGCCAUAGCGCACACUCCCAUGGAUACAACCUGGGUUUUGGCAGAACCAAAAGGAACGUUGAGAGAGGUAAAGCAUUAGGUCAAUCUGUAAUUGCCUUCCAUUAACAGUGUCUACCCAGGAGUGAGGUAAGCUUGAUUUCAGUCAGAUGGGCUGGCAUUUCUGUGCAAUCCACUGAGGCAGGCUAGUGGGACACCUUUCUCUACCUUAUGGAAGUACUAGAGAAUGAGGGUGAUGUUGGGACAGUUUUGAGCCUCUCUCACUUAUUUUUUAAAUCUUUUGAGAGGAAUAACUAACCCUUCAGUACUUUAAUUACUAGUAACCAAUGGUUGGUAUCACACCUCACAACUUCCUGUGACACGCCAGGGGCUUACAUGGAGGUUAAGAGUCCGGGCGUUGUCUGGGAGGGAUCUGAGAGGAUGAAGAGGAUCCAGGGUCCUGAGACGUCCAAGAUGGAAACAGUGCUGAGUGACUUGGGGGGCGAAGGAGGGGAGGGAUGGAUGGGGGCCACUGCUAAGGGAGAAGUGGCAGCUGAGUAAGACUGCUGAUCCGAGAUGAAGACCCCAGGAGGAGCAAGGCACUAGCCCACUCCAAUUCCAUCCC